CACACACACACACACACACACACACAGUCACACAGUCACACAAUCACUAAGCAGACAUUCACAUUGUGGAAGGCAUGGACGCAGCAACAAUGGCAGACACACACAUGGAGGAACUGGUGGAGCGAUCUGGAGCAGCUGAAGAUAGAGAAGCUCAGCUGAGAGAACUGUAUCAUGAUGGUCCUCUAGUAGGACCUGAACCAGACUUCAUAGCAGAUGAGCAUUGCUCAGCACACAGUAACAUGGAGGUGACAGACAGGCUCAUGUACCUGGAGCAGCGCCUCCAGAUGCAGGAGGAUGAGGUGCAGCUGCUCAAGAUAACUCUGGCUGAUGUGCUCAAGAGACUCAACAUCUCAAAGACACAAACUGCUGCUCUCACCAAGAGAGGGCCUGUUAAAGCAUCAAGGCCUGUGUCUUCGGCCCUGCCACCCAGAACAAACAGCAACACAGCCAACUUCCUGAAAAAGAGCUCCAGCUCUGCACUGCCCUCUUCCUCAUCCUGUAAGAAUUACAGCCCUUUGCCGACCAGCAAAAGAAGUCCAGCAAGCAAUACAAAAGGCAGUUCAAGUGUUCAAAGCAGUGCUCUAACAACCAGCACCGCCACAACCCCCUGUAAGAAACUUCAGGAGAGCAGCAAACCAAAGGAGACCAUCACCAGUGUUGUAGGAACCCGCCAUGUAACUCACUGCAAAGUGACUAUGCAGAUCUAUCUGAGCCACCCAGCAAAAAAGACUGGGCCUACUGAGAAUGCAGUUGAUACAGCCAUGCAGCCGAGUGUGUGCACACCUGUGAGUGGGCCACCACCAGAAAAAGCAGCUUCAGACAAGAGGAAAGUAGGAGCUGGGAAGAAGCCUCCCUGUACACUAUCUCUGCACAGGAGCAGAUGUCAGAGCCCCUUUUCCCCUGCUAAAAGCCCCCUUUACAAGAGUCCCAUCAAGUCCCCUAGCCAGUAUUUCCAGAUUUGUUACUAAACCCACAAAGUAGUGCAACCUGGACAAUGUAUCUAGUGUUCAUAAGUUACUAAAUAAAAGCUGUGGAUGUGAAUUGUU